AUGGCCAAGAGUUUUUGGACGCGCAUGCGGAUUCAUUUCAAGUGGAUUACGAUCCGAGGCUUUCGUCGGUUUAACAUCGACGAUUUCAGUGCCUUUUUCACACUUGGCGGUCUGGGAACAGCCAUCUGGGUCAUUGUUGGAACGACUACAUUUGUUUCGGUCAUAUUUGCGGCACUCAGUUUGUUGAACAUGCAAGAAUGGAUCGCCUUGCAACUUGCUAAGAUUCUUUCGAAACAGCUGGGCUUUACGAUCGUGUUUGGCAGUGCUAUUGUACCGAAGUGGAAAGAAGGACGUAUUAGUUUUAAAGACGUCGUUAUAACGCGUCGUGCAGAGCCAACAGAUCCCGAGACUCUGCACAAGGAGCACAAGGCUGAAGAUGGCCACUUGAUGAAGGGCACGUCAUCUACUCCUGCAAUGCAGCUUGGUGAUGCGCCGUCGAUUCCAGCGUAUGAUACAAGUGAUCACAUUGUCUCACCGCUCCAUCAACAAGAAUCGCCGUCAUCUGAGCCAAAACAGGAUCCUCACAAGAACUUCUCCAUGUUCGAACUGCAUAUCGACUCGAUCGAUGUGCAACUGAGUCUGUCUCGCUGGCUCGAUGGCCGUGGAUUUCUGCACAAGAUGGACGUGCGUGGCAUUCGAGGCGUUAUUGAUCGGCGUCAUGUGUUUUGGGAUGCCAAUCGGCCGUACAAUCCACGCGAAGCACGUCGUAAGGCCAAGCCAAACGACAUUGAUCUUGAAUCGUUUACCGUUGAAGACUUCCUUGUCACGCUGUACCAGCCGGGCGAUUUCCGGCCUUUCAAUGUGAGCAUUUUCGAUGCGCGCAUCCCGCGGCUCCGUGCGCAAUGGCUUUUCUAUGAUUUGCUCAAUGCCGACUCGAUGACAGGCCAAGUCGAUGGCUGUUUGUUUAGCCUGCACAAGCCUCAAAGCGUGCACCAUACGACUAGGAGUAUCUACAGCAAAAUGGGCAGCCACAGUGCACCCUACAUUCAGAACUGGUCGCGUUUACGUGUGGACGGUGUAAAUAUCGAUCAUGUGCAGAAAAUGGCUGGCCUGUCUGGACCGCUCAUGUGGAUCUACUCUGGGCGUUUCGAUCUUGUUGCUGAUAUCAAGUUCCCCAAGCAAUACGGUGAAGAUGUGGACAUCAAUACCAUCAUCUCCGAAAUCCGCGACAAUUUGAAUGCUACUUUCUCGGGCGAGCGCGUAAGCUCCGCCAGCAGUGAUGAUGUGUUGAUUCCUGGUCAGCCUGAGCUAAGCGGCCCUGCCAUUCUCGCGCCUGUGACAGCUGUCGGUCCAGCUGCUGAGCGUGCUCGACAGCAGCGGGCUGUCCAUGAUGCAGUUAAGUUGGAGGAAAAGCGGCGUGAGCUGCGAAGAACGAAGCUUCUUCCCAAUGGGCUACCACGAGCCGAUCAAGAUCAAGUCGGGAAGUCAUCCACAUCUCUGGAUGAAGCGGCUGCGGAAGCAGCCUCUCCCUCUUCUGUUCCAACGACUUCUGUUUCUGAUGCCGAUGCUGAUGACGAAACAUCAGAUAUCCGUCCGUCGGUCGUGAUUGAGUUGGAUGUACGAUUCAAGGACAUCAAGGCAUCCAUGCCGAUCUUCACGCGAGAGUUGAGUUACUCGACGUAUGCACUGGCACGUCCUAUUGUGGCAUUUAUGAAUGCAAACAAGACACUUAUCCCUGUGGAUUGUCGUAUCAUUAUGGACCUAAGUGAAUUCGAUGGUUCGCUGGACCUCUCACAGACGGGUUUGCCGCCUCUUGUCUCUGAGAAGAUCUGGGAAGCUCUUGCGAAUCAUGUGGCAUCUCAGCAAGCGAAUCACCAACGUGUGCGCAACGUAAGUCUGUGGUCGCUGCACAUUUUGUCUCAAGGACUAUUGCGACUGGCGCGUCAUUGGCGUGACAUAUUAGCCAGAGUGACGCCACCUGAAGUGCCUGCCACGUAA